GUCCCCCAUGAAAACCAGGGCCUGUGAUCUAGUAACUUCUGUUAGUUGCCUGAAGAAGAAGCAUCCUCUCUCUGUUCUGUCUUUAAUUUACAUUGUCAUCUUUUUAUAACCUGAAGACAUCUGCCAGUAAGAUUCACAGAUCUUUUUAACACUGGGGGGGGAGGAAGGUGCAUCGCCACAGAACUGUGCAUCUUCAGACAACACACUGGGCACACCUUAACAAUGUACGUGGGAUCACUUUUUAAAAAGAAAUUAACAAAACAAUAAGCCCUUUAUUUAAGUUUUAUAGGAAGGGUUAGAUUUUUAUGGAUAAAUGUUAAUCACCGUGCACACACAAACUGACAAAAAAAAAUCCAUUGAUGGAAAUUUACAUAUAGGCAAAGUAAUAAAAAUGCUGCUGGAGAAAUUUUUAGAGUAAAAUCCAGUGACUUUCCAAUUAAAAUAGUUAGUUACAAAUGGACAAGCAACUAGUUACAGCUGUAACUGGAGUGUGCACAGCAAUACCUAGCAGAAACACAGACCGCAGUGCUACACUAGGUUUGUGGUAGAAUGUUACUUCAACUAUGUACUUAGUUACUGACCAGAAUGAACUGCCUCCAAGGUUAAUUCUAGUUAUAUUGUAACACAGUCCUUCCAUUUAACUUCCUUAGGAUUCAUCUGUGUGCUCUGUGAAGCUCUAUCUCCCUCCCUUGGCGCUUACACAUCUUGCUGAGGUUUUAAAUGAUUUUUCUGUCUUGGCCAGGAUAUGACUUUCCACUUCAGCUACAAGAACGUGCCGCUGCUGUUUUCUGGACUGGUGAUCAAUACACCUGGAGAAAUGGCUGGUGCUUUUGUCGCAGUAUUCUUCCUAGCCAUGUUUUAUGAGGGCCUCAAAAUAGCCCGGGAGAGUCUGCUCCGUAAAUCACAGGUCAGCAUUCGCUACAACUCCAUGCCUGUCCCGGGACCAAAUGGCACCACUUUGAUGGAGACGCACAAAACAGUUGGACAACAGAUGCUGAGCUUCCCUCAUCUCCUGCAGACAGUGCUGCACAUCAUACAAGUGGUGGUCAGUUACUUCCUCAUGCUGAUCUUCAUGACCUACAAUGCAUACCUCUGCAUAGCUGUGGCAGCAGGCGCAGGCACUGGCUACUUCCUCUUCAGCUGGAAAAAGGCAGUUGUUGUGGAUAUCACGGAGCACUGCCAUUAAUGCUGGACACAGAGCGAGAGCCUCUCUCUGCCCCUUCACUCGCUCUAACUGCAGUCACCAAGAGGAUGAGGAUCAUUCCCCGGCUGACUGAGACGCAAGAUACACCAUGAAAAUCAGUGUAUGUUUUACCACCAACGUCCUAGUCAGGACAAUGCCUGGGCAGCUCACAGGGAUUCCUGGUGUUGGAGAUUUCCCACCAAGCAGCCUGGCACCCAUGCUAGAUGGACCAGCUCUUGAGGUCACACCAGAGCCACCCUUGACCACGAUUUAUGUUGUAUUUGUAGAUUUUCCCUGAUUGAAAUUACGUAGCAAGUAGAUAUUUACAAGAUUAUUGAACUGUCCCUUUAAAGCAUUUUAUUUUUAAAGAAUAAAUGCUCAGAUCUGGGGGUUUUAUGAAUGGUUGAUAAAGGAGCCAGUAUGAGACAAUGGCUAUUUUAAUUUUCUAAAAAAUUCUGUACUUAAUGCCUGGGGGAGGGAGGCGGGGAUGUGACUGAUCUCUGGGCCAGCAAAACCCUCUGGGACAGUUUGUAGAAACUUCUGUCCACAAAAUUAGAGUGCUGCUGGUAAAUCACCAGAGGCCUAGUGGGCUCAGGUCUGCUCCGAGAAGCGUGCACCAUUCUUAUUAACUCCAGUGGGCAUAUUGUAUCUGGGCCAGACUUGGGGCCGCUUUCAAGUCUGUUUAAUGUUGCUGGUUUUCUGCUGUAUUCUUGUUCUGCUCAGCUCUGAACAGCAGGAACAUUUCAAACUGGCCACUUCGGCUUACUGAUCAUGCAAUUGCAUUUUUAAGUAGCAGAAAGAGACUUUAAAUAAACCAUUGAAGCCCUGUUGAUUUCAUCUCGAUUUUGCAGUCAUGUACUGUUAGACUCAGAUUUGUCAUUCAAUGCAAAUUGUCAGCAGCUGGCUCUAUUGUUCUGACUGUUUACAAUAUUGUGAUUUUUUCUUUUUUCUUUCCGGUUAAACCAAGUGACACGAAGAAAGCUAUUAAAGAGUGACAUUUCUGUAGAGGAUAUUCCUUGGCUGGGCUGGCAGGUAAAGAACCAAACUUGUGUAGGGAGGAUAUAGCAGCCUUAAAACUUGCUCCUCUUAGAUGAGGGUUGGGGGAUAAGAGACUGUAGGGUCAGUAAAAGGAGUUCCAACCCUGAGGACUCUUCUUUAUCGUAAUCACCAAACUGGAACUUCUCAAAAUGGCUGUGCUGGAGCAACCACUUCCAAUGUCAGAGCUGGGCAGCAGCCACUGGAGAGCUUCCCACCCUCCAGCCAGGCCCCUCGUGCUAGGAGCCCAAUAGAUCUCACGAACAAGGCAGGGUUCAGGUCCUUCUGUGAGAUCCCUGUGGGCAGCAGGGUUGAUUCAAUAGUUGGUGGUUUUCCCUCUGAGUCACAGCUAAACUGUGGAACUAGGGAAUUCUGUGUUGCUAAGGUGCUAGAGAUGAGAUGUAAAGCUGAGUUCCUGACCGCUUUUUUUAAAGAUUUCUUGGUUUUCUGGGUAGGAGGUGGGCUGUUAGCUGAGUGUGCUGGCCUGAUUCUGAUGGGAGAAAUGCUGUUCUGCCUCCUUAAAUCCCCUUGCAGCUUAACUGGUUAUUUUACACCACAUCUCCUGUCCUAAGCAGCUGUGUGGUGUGAAAUGACUGCUCGGGUUCUUGAUGUGAUCUCUGUAUAUUGUUGAUAAGGAAGACUCCUGGCUCCAUUCUUCCAUGCCUGGCAGUGCAGGUUCUUCCCUUUACAAUCCUGGUGUUUUCCAGACCCAAAUAAAUAUCUAAGGUGAUGUGGAAGGAGUGGCUUCCUGAGGAGUAACUAAUGUACAGUGAAAACUAGGUAGGGUACAAUAGUGUAGCAAAGUUCCAGCCAGACUGAUGUCCUCUCUCCAGCAGUGGCCUGUACCAGCUGCAUCAUGGAAGGAAAAAGCCUCCUAAUGUACUUCAAACAAUUCUCUCCUGUCAUAGCACUUAGCGCCGCCCCCCCCCUCAACUCCCUUUCUGCCUCCUAGCUGUUAAUGGCUCCAUGCCCUGAAGUUUAAGUAACUUCACUAGAGGGGUUGGCACUGGUUCAAGUGCAUGAAGUAUAUUCUGAUGCUAGUCAGCCCAAGGCUGGGAGAGGAAGAGAGGGGCACAUCGGUAACAAGUACAAUUCAAAACUACUCUUCCCCAUCCCCCAUACAUGAAUUGUGCCUCUCUACUCGACCCUGGUUGCAGCAUGCUUUCUCUGCUUGAUGAGACCCUGCUGUCUCACAAUGUCCACAGACUUUACUAGCCUGAAUCAUUGUAUUUCAUAAGUUUGCUAAGAGUGGCCAGGGCCAUGUCUUAGCCUUGAGGCUCACUUAAUGAGUGUGCCCCUAUUAUCUCUGUGGGCUUCUCAUGAGCCUUCAGUCCAUGGCCAGGUUUUACCCUUUGUGGUUAAAUGUAAAUUGACAAUCUAGUGAUGCGUUUAUAAAAUAAACUGACAGAGCCACAUCCCUCACUGGGUUACAGUCUCCACAUGGUACAUCAGUCCUAACAUCCCCGUGUUCCUGGCCCAGGCUGGUUGAUUUGCCAACCUCUCUAGAGCACCUUCUAGUAACACCCCUUUUCCUGCCUGGAAUCUUUUGCAGGAGUGUUUGAGGCAGACCUGAUGCUGACACUAGACUUCUAUUGGAGGAAAGCCUCCCUCCAAUGACUAAUAAUUGUUCUUAAACAAUACAUUUAUUUAACAAGCUUAAAGAUAAUGUAUGAUGAGCUGUAUGCAAGUAUGUUGUUUUCAGACUGUGCCUCCUGAUUGUGACCUUGGAUGAAUUAGUGUUCACUCAACUCCUAGGCUCUGAAUUCUGUUGCAAAUAAACUGUCUUUUGUUGCUUUUUUUUAUCUAA